AUGGCAUACCCUUAUGGUAACCACCAGGAGCAGCAGCAGACCAUGCAUGUUGUCUCAUCGUUCAACCGGAAUUCGGCCACAGAGCGCGCCAUUCUUCACAACCCUGGCAUAUCACUGGAUUGGACCUUGGAAGAACAGGCUGUUUUUCAAAAAGGACUCAUUCAGUUUGCAUCAGUGCCUUCCAUGCCAAGACGCUAUAAUCUCAUAGCAAAUCAGUUGCCUAAUAAGACUGUCCGGGAAGUAAUACUGCGAGACAAGUGGAUGCGGGAAGAAUCACAGCCAGUCAAGUGGAUGGAUGAAAAAGUUUCUCAUCCUGCAGCGAAAUCAUCUGCUUUUACUGCUCGACCCAAUGUUUCCCCAUAUGCUCCAGGAAUGAUUGUGAUGGACAAUGAUGAUGGCAUCUCUUCCAAAGCAAUUGGAGGUCCUACAGGUGAGCUAUUGGAGCAAAAUGCACAGGCUUUGAAACAAAUCUCUGCAAAUAUUAAUGCUGCUUGUAAGUAUCAGGAUAACAUCAAACUUUUCUGCCAAACCAGAGAUAACAUUUAUAAAAUUUUGAACAAUUUUAAUGACAUGUCAGAGGUAAUGAAGAAAAUGCCACGUCUUCCUGUGAAGAUCGAUGAAGAAUUAAUUAGCCAACUCCAAACUUUCAGCAACAAAAGAUCUUGUUGA